UAACCUUCUAACCCAAUUUUAAAUUAUUUUGUUAAAGUUUUGGGAUUUACUUAAUUGACCCGAUCCGACAACUAUUUGUGAUCUCCCAAUAAACGUGAAAUGAUGAAACUCAGCGGGACUUCUCGUGGUGGAAACAUUGCUGGAAGCCAAAGCCAAUGUCUGCAACUCACAGCCAGCACGUGCUUCGCUUGGUCCUCUCAUGCCGCAGCAUCAAGGCCCACGUCACUCAGCCGGGGACAUCCUACAUCGUCGCCAUGGCCUCCUCCACCGAGCAAGAAUUUCUCAUCCAAUACCGAUCCAAGCUCGACCAAUUCCCUCGCUCCCGCCGCUUCUGGGACUCCAAAGUCGCUUCCAAAGUCGGCGAGAAGCUCGGCUUCCGCUUGAAGGAAAUCGGCAUCAGCAACAUCGCCAUCGAUGUCGAUGAAGAGAUCUCUAGACCUAUUGACCGCCGUAGAUUGGUUUUGCCGGUCUUUGAUUCUUUACGCCGUGUCGGUGUGGAGAUCGAUGGUGCCGAAAGAUUGAGCCAAAUUGGCCAGAACCAGGAGAUUAGGCUUCUGAAUAAAAUUUAGAGCGAUUGAAGUCUGUUGCUUUUUGAAACCCAACUCUGGUAGCUUCUUUUCUAUAUUGGCAUAUUGCUUGUAGCAAAUUUUGAAACCAAACAAUUGUCAGUUAAGUAUUUUUAUCCAUUUGCGAUAUAUGUAUUUAUCAUUGAACAAAAUCUGCAAGUAAAACUUGUAAAAUUCAUCUUUGAAGAGAUAUAUGAAUAUGCUAUUUAGUUAAA